AUGAGCGGGAGGAGUCAUUAUUCUGUGGUCGGGCCGGGGGGGGGAGGUUUGGAGGCGGGGACCGUCCAGCGUCUGCGCGGGGCCUGGGGGCGGUGGCUUGAGGGCUCGGGCCGGGCAGCUGGGCGCCGGGAGUCCCGCCAGGGCCCUCCGCUCUUCCUCCUCCCUCCUACCCCGGCCUCCGCUCCUCCCGGCUCGCCGGUCACUCCCGACGCCGCCCAGACUCGCCCGACACCCGCCCGCCGCCCGCGCGGCGUCGCAGCCGCCCUGCCCCCGCCGUCACCUGCUCGCUCCGCGAGCCGUGCUCCCGGGGACCCGGCGGGCCUCCGUUUCCCCGCGGGCCCGGGCUCUCGGCGCGGGAGCGGCGCCCCGGGCGCCCCACGCACCCCUGCACGCAGUCGGGGCGCUUCCGACCGCCUGGCUUCUCCGACUGGAACGCGGGCGCCCAGGCGGGGAGCUGCCCGGUGUCGGUUUCUAGUCCGGGCGGUGGUGUCCGUGGCUGCCCGCCCACUCCCUGUUUUCCCCAGCGCCCCGAUGCGCUGCUGCCAGCCGCGCCUCCUUCGGUUGAGGAUGCUGGUGCCCGAGAGCACCACGCCUGGAAGUGGACGGUCCUGGCCACUCAGGGUCCAGCUGCUCUCAGCAACUAGCGGGAGACCCCAGGCUGCCGCACGUCGCUGUUGGCAGCAGCGGGAUCGUCCCUGGAGAUAGCCACCUGUUCCUAGUGGGCGAGCACGGCCUGAGUGAUACUGCCAAAGUGUGGCUUGACAAGUGGUGCUAGAUCCAUGCCCAGGAUUGGAACCUGCAAACCCCUGGCUGCUGGAGCAGAGUGUAUGAACUAACCAUUACUCCACUGGGACGGCUCCAAAAGUGAACCAUUUUAUUAAUGUUCAUUCAUUCUGUUUUUUAUUGUGAACUUCAGAAGAACGCCAGGUGAGUGGUUUGGCCCUGGCAUGCAUCAUGUAUGUGUCCUGGGUUAGUGUUCUGAGGCCUGUAUUGGACAUCUUUAAAAUGUGGUUGUUAGGGAGGCAAUGUAGUUAGUGUUAGAAUUCUUGGGGGUUCAUAUCCCAGCCUCUAUGUAUUAGUUGUAGGAAAAUGGCCUUAGUUUCUUCCUCUCCAAGUGGAGAAAUGAUGUGUCUUUGAGUAGUUGAUGAGAUAAUGUGUGUGAGUGUGGCUUAGAAACUAUAAAAUGCUGUCUCUGCACACAUUAUUAAGACUACUCUACAGUCUUUAAAUCCAGCCUUGAUACAUGCAACGUGAGAGUUCUGCACAAGAAGAGGUCGGAAACAUGGAUUCUGUACCAUGGGUUCUGUGGAGCAGGCAGAACCUUACCUUGCUGCCAUAUUGGUUUUGCCUUCUCUUACUUGAAAAACCAGACAGGCGCUUCCUUCCUUCUUUUUAGUCCCAUUUGUAAGAUUGAUUCAGAAUGGGAGUAUAGGAAUUAGUUUGCAUUUUUCCAGAACUAAUUUGUUACCUUUUUCAUUUCUUGUCAAACAUUUCAAGUUUAAAGAAAAUGAUUAUUUUCCAUUUAUUUAAAUUCCCAAAAUGCGUUAUGUUCCAACAAAUUCACUUCAUUUAAAAUUAAUGAAGUUUUUGAAAAGUCUUUGUGCUAGGCACAAAAAGUAAACCAUCCCACUUCUUGUCCUUGUAAUCUUCAGUAACCCCAGCAGUCAGUCCCAAGAUACUGGCUGUAACAGAACAUUCGUCAGUGCCAGAGGUGCACGGCGGAGUAAUUAGCUUGGCCUGGAGAAGUCACAGAAAAUAUCACAGCAACGUGGAAGACCCAUGGGAGUUUUCUGUGCGGAUGUAGGAGGAGAGGGCUUUUUAGGCAAAGAGGGCAGCUUGUUGGAAGGCACACCUGGGUGAGAACCAGUCAGCAGCCUAAUGUGGGUCUUAGCAGGGCCUAAAAGAGGGAGAAGCGCCGAAAGAGGACAAGGUUUAGUUUGUCAAGGGCUUUGAAUUGAAGGCUGUGUGCUUUACUUAGUACUUUUUCCUAUGGUCAAGUCGAAACCAUCAAAGCUGUCGGAUCUCCCACCCUCUGGUGUUGUCCCUUUUCCUUAAUAGGUACCAUUCCCUUUCGCACAGCUAUUCAGACACUGAAUACUGUCCUCAGGGGCUGUGUGAGAAGCUCGCUUCAGUAACUGAGGCUUUUCUGUGGAGGCCCCAUUAGAGGAGGCUCUCUCCCUGGAGCCACUGAGGCACGCGAGAGGCUGGAGUUGAUGAAGUUCCACAUAAGGCAGUAGAAGUAGAGUACAGAGGAUAGAGUGGAGAGACAUUUUUGAUGUGGAAAGGACAGGAUUAAGGGCCACUGAAGGAGGAGGUGAGAGAGGGAGGAACUAAGGAUAGUUUAGAGCAUUGAUCUUUGUGUAGAGAGCUGGCAGACUAGCUCCAUGGAAGCAGGUUUGGGAGAGGAGAGCAAGAUGAGUUUGUUUUUGGUUGUAUUGAGUGUUUGAUAUCUGUAGGUCAUCCAGGAAGAGAUGCUGAGAUUAGAAGUAAGGUAGAGACUGGAAAUAAAGGCAAUGAGUCCCUGGACCAUUUGAGGUGGCUGGAGAGCACGCAGAAUGAAUGAAGUAGACCAGGGAGGAAGAUCGAGGCUGGGCAGGGGAAAGAAAAAUACAAAUAGCUGGGAUUUGAGCAUGUUCCUUCUUAGUAUAUGCCCAAUGACGUCUGCAGAGUUUAUCAUUCCCUUUUGAAUAGCAGGGGUCAGAACAAAGAGGACCCGAAAGGCCAGGUAUUUGCUUUCUUGGUGAUUGUGUUUCAGCUCUGUGUGCUUUAUGUUUCUCCUGUUGUACAAUCAGUGUCUGAGUUGGUGAUCUCUAAGCAGACGUGGAACCGUGAAAUAGCAUAUCUCAAAUUGCAGUCCAAGUUAGGAAAAAAAACACACGAGGGAUUUGAAAUAAAAGAUUUCCAAGAUUCUCAAAAUUCUAGGACUUUUUAUUAAGUCUUGAAUAUACAUUGAGUUGACACCUUCACAAACACAAACCCCUUUAGAUUAGGAAAUGACAUGGGAACAAUGUUACACAUUAAAAAAAUCAGUCAUUAUAUAUUUAUUAAAAUCCUGAGGAAAACUUCAGAUUUAUCUAGAGCAUUUUAGUAUCUUACGUUCCUUUUGUAUAAUGCAGUGAAAAUAUGCAUUUUGUUAGUAUUAUGUAAUUAAAACAUAACUUCUAUUAAAUUUUAAGUCACUAAGUGAUAGAGUUUUUUUAAAAAAAUAUAUUACAUAGUUAUUUUUUAAAUAUCCUCCUCCAGUGAGCAGAUUUGACCUAGGCAUUUGGAAAACUUGGCUCAGGUUGUUUUGUCCUGAUAAUUAACAUUAAUCUUUAAAUAACUCUUUUGGCUUCAAUAUGGGGGAAGUUUAUUAAAAGGGAAAUGUCAUUUGCUCUCUUUUAAUGAAUAAAACAAAACAUAAUAGCUGCCAAAUUUUGUAGUAUGUGCACAAAGAUACUAUAUUAUAGGGAAUAGCCUGUGUUUUAGCAAUGUAUGCUGUUCUCCUGUUUUAUUACUAUUGAGUAUGUGACAGUGACCGUCAUUGCAAAUAUUUUAAAUUUAAAACAAUUUACGCCCUGCGGAUAAUUAUUGUGCAAUAGCCAUUUCUUUCUAAAUGGCGGUUAAUGGAUUUAUCCUUUGAAUACUAUGUUUAGCAUAAUAUAGCAGAACUAAAAGUAAUGAUCAAAAGACCAAGGUUAGCAUGUGACAUUUCCUAAAGGCUUGAAAUAACUUGGCAUUAUGUAUUAAUAACAUUCAGAAAACAUAGUCGUGCCUUAACAUAUUAAUCUGCUUAUAUAUUUCAGCUGAGGUGGUGAUUUUUACUUUUGGCCGUCUUAUAGAAAAGCUUUUUGAAAAGUUAACUUUCUCACAUCAGCUGAAGUCUUUAAAAAAAUCUGAUUAGUAUUUUACAAAGAAUACUUUCUUGCCUCUUUUGAAUAAUAUAGGAUAAUCAUAGGCAGUAGCUUCAUAUAUUGUUGGAA